AUGUCUUCAGGUGUGUACGUGUCCAAGUACUCCGACUGCCUGGACAUAAACCGCUGGUACCACGGGAAGUCUGGAUACAUCGCCAUCAUCAGACUCACCAAGGGCAGAGUGAGAGACGUGACAGAGAACUACACAGUAAACUACACCUCUCCCUCUAAUGGGUUUGACUGUCAUGUAUCAGAGCAGCUCAGUGCCGUGUCGGCCAACACCAGCUCCUUCCUGGCCUUUGAGAGAACACAGUACUACAUGUAUGAGCUGCCUGGUGGAGGGGCUGACUCGACAGUCCAGCCUCCUAGCCAUGCCUGCCCAUUCGCUAUAGUGGCUUUUUCCUAUUGGGAUACCAAGACACCUGCAUCAGAGGACCAAGAGAAAAGUGAGGAAGAAAAAACAGUGUUUCACUACUACCCCUGGAAGGGUCAGCUCCAAAUCAGCUCCCAGGUCUACCAUGUGGGUCUGAAGUCCAGCACUGGACCCCUGAUUCCAGCUAAACUUCCAACCGUAAUGGCAGUUGACGGAGCCAUUAAAAUGUCAGAUCUGAGGCAGAAAUUACCAAAGGCUAUAUUUGAAACCUGCUUCAUCGGUGAAGUUUCUCUGGAAGGAAUGGGUUGCAGUCUGUAUGAGCUGGCACCCAGUGAGGCUGAGGACACCUCUCUCUCUCAGCUUACACAGGAGCUCAAGGAGAAAGACCUGGCCCUCGCAAUACAACUGAAUGAUAGUGGUUUCCUUAUACUGUUACAUUCAUCUCACUUCCUCACAUAUGAAGACACCAAGAUCUGCUCGAAGAAGCCCUCCCUCUCACCAGAGGUCCUCCAGGUGGUGCCUGCACUGAACUACGCAGAGACAGAGGUGGAAAAGUGCCUCCCUGAACAGAGUGGGGAGCUACGUGGUUUACUAGAGCAGCAUAUCCAGAGCUACGCUGCCCUCAUCCACCCUGGGCUUACUAUCAGUCCAUCUAGGGAAGCCAGCAUCUUCCCAGAUCAGUUUGAUGUUCCUGACGCCCUCAAAUAUCUCUACUCCAGCCCAAAGUGGACUGAAAUGGGAUGGAAAUGUCUUAAGUCUUACUUUCACCAGCCGGGCUCCUUCGAGCUCUCUGUAUCCAGGGCCACGGAGCUUCUGGCGGCUGGACGAGAGGAGCGAGGGGAUGAGCCAGAUGAUGACGUCUACUACUGUCUGUCAUCUCCAGAAGGCCCCCCCAUGACUCCUGCUAGUCUGGGUGGCCCAGAGGAGGAGCAGUCAGGGGGACAGUCACCAGGAGACACAGCUGACACAGCCACAUACAUAAGUAAUGCACCGGCAGUAUCUACAGAGGACUUUGACAAACCUGGUAUGACCAAGGUAGACAGUAAUGUACCAAAUAAAAGAGUAGAGGAAGAGAAGAACUUGCCUUCAAAGGAGGUGCAAGACAAGGUGCAACAUGUGCAACCCAAGGAGGUGCAGGAGGAAGUGCCCUCUGAUCUUAGCAAGCCUGCGGUCCCAGCAGGGAACUUUGGGAAACCUGUCUUGAAGAAGGCUGACAGUAAUGCACCAGGGACAACUUUGAUUCCAAAAGAGGUGCAGAAGGAGCUUCCCUAUGCUCUUUCCCAGCCUGUUGUGUUGGCAGAUGAUUCUGGGAAGAACAAGGCCGUACCAGGGGUAGGAGUAGAGGAUGAAGGGACACAUUUGAACCCAGAGGAAGUCCAAGUGGAUAGGCAAAAGGAGGUGAAAGAGGAUAUGCUUUCUGAUCUUUCACACCCUGCAGUCUCUGCAGAAAACUUGAGGAAAGCUGGCCCAGCAGUGUUGGGUAAGGCAGACUGUAAAGCACCAGAGGUGGGAGUAACGAAUGAAGGGACAAACUUGCACCUGAAAGAGGUGCAAAAGGAUAUGCCCUCCGGUCUUUCACAGCCUGCAGUCUCUGAAGAGGAAUUGAAGAAACCUGGGCCGGCCCUGGCAACCAAGCCCAACAUUAAAGCAGUAGAGACAGGAGUAGAGGAUAAAGGGGGGGAUUUGCCUAAGGAGGUGCAAGAGGAGGUUCCAUGUGAUCUUUCCCAGCUUGCAGUGUCGGCAAAGGUUUUUGCAAUAGCCGGUAUGACAGUGAUGACCAAGGCCACAGAGGUGACAGAGGUUUCAACCUCACCUGCAUCAGGUGACCUCCCAACAGUGCUAGUCAUCACUGCCACUGAAGGAACUGCAACCGUUGUACCUCAUAAUGAGAACUUUGGCUUGAUCAAUACAGAGUCGAUCACAAAGAACUCCUCCAGUUUGCCACCAGCCAAAGUACAGGAGAGGGGUGGAAGUGCUCUCAAUGGGCAACGUGGCAAGGCCAAUGAGGUCAAUAACUUCUCUACAUCAGAUUGGAGGAAACGGCCAAGGAAACGGCGUAGAUUUAGCGGGUUGGGUAAACGGGUCUUGAGGUCUUCAGCAGCUGACUUUGAAGAGGAAGAAACUGAGAAGGGAUGUUUGGAUUCAAGUAAAGUCUACUCAUUGAAAAAGAGGAAGGAAAUGACAGAUUUAGUUCAACUUAACCCAUGGAAAAAGAAGGAAAGGAUGGAUGUAACCCAGGUUCGUCCAUUGAAAAUGAAGAGGGAACUGAAAAAUUUGACCCUAGAUCCCCCAUUGAAAAAGAAGGAAAGGAUGGAUGUAACCCAGGUUCGUCCAUUGAAAAUGCAGAGGGAACUGAUGAAUUUGACCCUAGAUCCCCCAUUGAAAAAGAAGGAAAGGAUGGAUGUAACCCAGGUUCGUCCAUUGAAAAUGCAGAGGGAACUGAUGAAUUUGACCCUAGAUCCCCCAUUGAAAAAGAAGGAAAGGAUGGAUGUAACCCAGGCUCACCCAACGAAAAUGCAGAGGGAAGUGAUGAAUUUGAUCCAAGAUCUGCCUUUGAAAAAGAAGAAGGAAAGCAAGGAUUCAAUUAACUUUUACCCAUUCAAAAGUAAGGAAAGUAUGGAUCUAAAUCACGACGGCCACCCAUUGAAAAAGAAGACGGAUCGGUGGGACUUGAAGGCGAUCAUCUCCGAAUGCGGUAGAAUCUUUGUCCCUCAUGGUUCAGAAGUUAUCGCCAAGGAUAUAGAAUCUUUGAAAGUUAUGGGGAAAGUGAUAGAUCACAAACAAUGUGCUGAUGAGAUGAUGGUUGAAGCUUGUAUCAAAGUACCCCAACCCAUAGAGACAGGAGAUGAACCUGGCCUAGAGUUGAUAAAGUCAGGUGAAAACAAAGAUUCACACAUAUGGAGUUCAGACAGUAAAGACCAUCUGCCAGAGGUCAAAAUGGCUGAUGUAGACAAGAUGGCCUCUCAGAAACCCUCAGAACUGGUCCAGAACAAAGACAUGGAUCUUCCUUCCUUAGAAAAACACAAAAAGAAUUGUAAAUUUGUUGCAAUAUCCCUCAGUAAACUAAAGACAGUUUUUUCAAGAAGGGGAAAGAGGAAAACACCUCUCAAACCUGUUUCAGAAGAUCAAAUGUUACCAUUGGACAAGAAAAGCAAGGCCGAUGCUGGCAUGGAUAAAAUGGAAAGUGUUAAUUUGAGUAAUUCCUGCAAAGAUACCCCGGACAGAACCAGAGGUGCUGCUGAAGUUGCAAAGGAACAGACAUUUGGCCUAGACCCAAAGUUUGCACUAGCAUUAGGCUUGACUCCUAGGGAGUUGCAUAAUGAUGCACCCAAAUCUCCAGAAAAAAGUAAUAUUCCAUUGAAGAAAGACAUUCAGAGCAGACUGGACCUGGUUACUCCACAAGCCACAUCUGACCAAAUGUCUGAGGCUUUGCCUAGCCCCCCUUCAGCAACAAUAACCUUAACGGGUCGGGGGAGCCCAUUGAAAAUGAAAUGCAAGCCUGCAGACUCCAUAAGGAAAAAAUGGUGGUUGCACUAUCACACACCAGCUUCUUUUGAAAAAGAGAAAGUAGCACAGCCUAUAUCCUCCCAACUACUGACACUUAACCCUGAUGUCAGGCAUGUUGUCAGUAGGGGUAGGCCUCGCACAGUGAAGAAAGAUGCCAGUGAUGCAUCAUGCCCACCAGCAGAUGCUCUGACCCUAUUGGCCGAUUUGGCCCUCAGUACCAGUAACGACAAAGUACUGGACCACCUGGCUCUUCAGCAACAAGAAUGCUGUCCAAGUUUGGUUAUAAGUGACAACAGUGUCAAAGAUGGCGGCUCUCCUCAUGAGUCAGAUGGUGAACCAGAGUCUGUCCUUCAUGCACUGCUGAAGCACCCUUCUGUUGCUAGGCUUAAACUUCCCCCUCAGUCUCCGUCACCCAAGGGGCUGGUGGUGGGGAGUGGGGAGCGGGUUGUGUUAGUCUCACAAGAGCAUUCUUACUCACUGCCGCCAUCCUCCUCUCUACUAUUGGGUUUGUCAGGUUCAACCCUCCAAGUCCCAAUUUCGGAGGGACUUCAGCCGCAUCGCAAGGAUAUGGUCUAUGGUGACGGAACUCAAACACUACGGGCCUUCCUGUGUCAGGAGCAGGACCAGAACAGGAAGGAACUCGGGGAGGAACCCGGGGUGGCUCCAGAAUCCAUGAGCAAAGGAAUUGGGCGCAGGCAGAAGUUCCGUCGGUUACGGCGGUUCAUCGAAAAAGACAGCUCAGUUCAAGUGACAAGGCUGUGGAAGGAAAACUAUGACUUUAAUUCAGACAGCAAGUUUACCAACGACCCUAUGGAUAAAACAGUUAUUAGAGCCCUACAUGGCCCAUGGGAUUUCAACAUUGAGGACACAAACGAACAGGUUCAGCUCAUCAUCCACAUGUGGAUAGGUCUUUUCUACAGCAGGUCCACUGCUAGGUUCUUCCAGGCAGACCCAAGUCUUCUAUGUAUGGAGGAAAAAGAUUCUACAGAAGUGGAUCAUGGAAUGGUACAAGCCCAGGUUACAUCUGAGACCAAGACAAGUUCCCCUGCUUAUAUUGCCCUUUCCAGGAUCCCAGAACCUGAAGUUUUGGACCUUAGUAAUGUGGGUAAAAAAGAAUCACAACCAUUAAGCUUGGAACCUGAGGUAUUGGACCUUUCAGUGAAAACAACAUCGACUGUGUUAGAUUUCACUGUAGACACAAAGGAUUCCCCUGAGUCCAAGCAAAGAAUAGAUUUAAAAAAUCCUCCAGUAUACCAACCAGAAAGUGGACUCCACAAAGAAAUCAUCUCUUUUCACAAACAAAGUACAGGUCUUGAGUUAAAGGUUUACAGAGACCGUGUGGACAGCAUGACGUCAGACAAAGCGAGUGAACUGGAUGAUGAAGAAACUAACAACCAUGAGAAUGACAGCAAUGGUACCCUCCAAAAUGAUGUGUCCCCUAACAGAAGGACUUUGGAAAGUGAUGGAUCGUACAUUCUCUUGUGUGAACAGGCAGCAAGUGUGUACAUUAAUCAAGAAAAGGUCCUGGAGACUCAAAGAAUUGCCCGGGGUUUGGAGGGCAAAGCCAAAAAGGAAAUCCAAAAGGAAGAGAGGAGCCACGAUGGAGAACAAAACAUAGCAAGUCUUAAAACCAUGGAAUCUAAAGAUGUUGAUGAGGCGCAACAAGUUAAAGAUAACGAUUCAGUCAAAACAAUGUCAUGCACAGAGGUGCUGGGGGAUGGUGACGUUACCAAUAUGGCUGACAGAGUUGAGCGUAAAGCAAGUGAACCCAGAGAUGGGUCUUACGUUGCCAUCUGUGAUGGCAGUGAGUCAAAAACGCACAAAGCAUAUCAUAGCGUGAAGGAUUCUGUUGAAGCAGCAAAACCAGAAACAGUGCAUGUUGGGAAAGACACCACAAACAAGAAAAUCAAUGCACAACCUGCUGGGAAUGAUUCCAUUGGUACGGCACUCAAAGCAAUGCAUGAUGAAAAGAUUCCCAACGGUGUGUCACGGGAUGAUGGGAACUCCAAAAAUGAGGUGCAAACUGCAUUGCAGGAAGGGAAUGAUACUAGAGAUGAGGCACUACCAGCGGUGAAUUAUGAAAAAGAGUCGGGCGAUAAAGCAGCACCUGCAGUAUGUGGUGGGAAUAAUUCGGUGGCUGAAACACCACCAGAGAUAUCACAUAAUGAAAAUGAUUCCCAAAAAGAAACACCAUCAGUGGUGCAUGGUGGAAAUGAUUCCAUACUACCUGUGAAACUGUAUAGCAAGCUGUAUAUAGACGAAGAACCCACUGCGGUGAACGAUAGAAAUGCUUCCCCCGGUGAGGUACAACCAAUGGAGCAGGUUGGGGAGGUUUCUAUUGGCACUACUAGAGUACUGCUAGAGAUGCAGGGUGAGAUUAAGAGAGUAUUUCCACUAUGUGGUGAGAACACGCCUUGUGUCGGUGAGUUCGACACGCCCAUUCAGUCCAAGGAUGUUUCAGGGGAGGCUAAAACAACAGUAGUUGAGACUGAUUUCAAUGGGAUUAGGGAUUCUAAAGAUCAGGAACAGGUAUCGAUGCCGGGUCAGAGUAAAUCUGAUAUCGACACACAAGGGCCCCAGCAUUCUCAAGACGAGACAUCAGAAGUACUGACAGGCCAGGUAGAAAUACCACUGAUUGGAGUAGGAAUUCCCAGGGAAGAUAUCGCACACACAGAUGUUCUACAUUCACACAGUCAGACACCAGAGAGAGUGCAUGCUCAGAUAGAAAUACCAUUUAUUGGAGUAGAAUUACCAUUCAUUGGAGUAGAGAAGGAUAGCAAGGAUAUCAUGCACACCGAGGUGCACGACACUCACUUGUGUCAUAGGGAUAAUUUGUUUUCAGGUGAAAUGUUUAGAAAAGCUUCAAAGGGAACUGAAUCUGUCAGUAGAUGCCCAACCCCUAUCGUGGACGAUGGUUACAUCCCGAUUCCUGACAUCGACAGUGGCUGCUUGGUUAUCUGCGAUGCCGGUGGGGUCAGCAAACCCCUCGGCAGAUGCCCAACACCUACACAAGAUGAGCCACCUUUCGUUACAGAAUUGUCUUAUGACCAUCACACACCGGAGACUGUUUUUUUGCCUGAUUCGAAAGACACCAACAGUCCCAACCUCAAUAGUGGUUUUGCUCUUAUUGAAAAUGAAAAGGCUUAUCAUGAACCACAUGAACCAAGUCUUGGUAGCAGCCCAAGCUCUGUAGAGAAUAUGUUGCAUAAAUCCAGCAACAACAAUAGCAAACCAAAUAAUCUGGAAGCCAUUGGUAAUCAGUUCUCUCAAUUAUUGACUGAACCCCGCAAGAAGCCAAUUGCCACUAGCACACCUCUCAACACUCCCUAUACUUCUUCAAAGGAAAAAAACGAUUACAAUCCUUAUUCAAAUAUGCAACUUGCCCCUGCUGAACAAGACCUGUAUGCUCUUUCAAGUCACGAUUCACUGCAUAGGUUCCCUGACUCCUAUCCCAAAACCCAUAGCCCCUUAACACAGAAAGCAGCAUUCUCUGUGCCAUCAAUCCACCUUGAAGUCCUGUCCAAUGAAACAACAGAAAGAACAUUAACUCGGGACUUGAGUGAAAUCGCUUUGGAAGGAGACACUAACUUGUGUCCUGCCUCAACAGAGAUUAUCAUACAGUCCAUCCGUCAGAGUAUCCCAGGAGUAAGUGGACCUACAGCAGCUUCUCAGAACCUUUCAGGGCACAACUUUACUGAGCCCCAUCCAUACAGCCAACAACUUGCCAUGGCUGUGAAUCUCUCCAAGAGUGAAGGCAGCAGAGGAGAGUUCAGCUGGAAAGAAGGACAAACUAAUAUUGACCCUAUGUCUUCAGAUGUUCUCAAAAGCAAACAAACCGCUGCCCCUGUCCACUCAAACACUGAUCCUCACCCGUAUAACACACCAUAUGUCACCGAAAUGAGGAGACAGAUUGCAAGUUUGCAAGAUAAUGUUAUGGAUGAAAGUGGGGAGCCUGCCGUAGAGCAAGACAACAUUGAAUCUAGUCUAGAGACAAAUUGGAUAUCAGAUGACCAACACGCAAGUAAUACAUCCCAGUUGAAUAAAACAAAACUUGACUUCAUCAACUCUUUACGCCAGUAUCAGCAAUGGGAUAAAGGGGAAUUUGAUGAUGUUUUGGACUUCAGCAAGCAAGGCACUUCCUCUUCUUCUUCUUCAGUCACCUUCCAGUCUGAAGAAUCAGACAAAAUAUUUACCCGUAUGGAAGAGAACAAACAGGACUGGUUAAAGUAUUGUAGGUCAGAGAGGAGUGGGAACACCUCCAAAAGCCAAAUUGAUUUGGACGAUGAGCACGAGGAAGUUUCCUCAUUUGCAAAGCCAUGCCUAGUUACAGUUUUGGAUCACAAAGGAAACAGAAUCACCUAUGAAAACUAUCCCGUUCUGAAACCUUCAACAAGCAUGCACACACGGACAGUUCCGAACUCAAACAGACAGGGCUCGAGCAGAUUUCUGGACUUCUCCAAGAGGUGGGAUGAUACACAUAACGCUGACGAAUCUGACCUCACUCAGUCGUCUGUGGAUCUGGAGACCCUCAUCUUCUCAGAGAGAAUGAACCAGAUGCUAAAACGUAAAAGGAAGAGUAGCAGCAGCAGGUACAACCGAGCAAGACACCACAGGUCAAAUGUAGAAGAGCGAGCUUCCUCCUGUAGCCCGGCUGUGACAGUGCACUUUUCCAACCUGCAGGAACAGGAAAGCUCAGAAGAACACUGGGAGGGACUACCUUCACUCGCAGGGCAGAAGUUAAAAAUAGAUAUGCCUGAAAGGAAGGGUAUGCCUGAAGAAACAGACAGAGAUAUGCCACAGCAUCUUCAAAAACUCUCCUAUACAAAGGGCAGUGAGAUGACGCAUGUCAAAGUUUCAGACCUGGUUGCGGAAAGUUUCGAGGCGUACCAUGCCAUGAUGACUGAGGUCUGUGCAGGCAGAAAGUACCCACACAGAACCGAGAGACUCAAGAGAGAAGAAGCAAAGAGAAACAGUUUGCCAAAGUCUCGAGCCCCAAGCAAAGACAAAGAGUUCUGUGGUCAGAUGAAGAAGGACAUGUAUGACAGCCUGCAUGAUAAUCUGAACUCUGUUGUGAAACAGUCAUGUAAGAACAAGUUCAGGUUCUACAUACUGGUGACAUCAGACGACCCAUUCUUCAACGAGACAAAGGAGCUGUUAGAAGCAGAGGGACACAUAACAGUAGAACAGUCUCAAUUCUGCCUUGGAAAGGAUAGUCCCUCAUCCCCUCUAUACAUUAUCUUGAGGAACGAAGAUAUUGCUGAACACAUUUGUGAGGUCCCUCACUUGCUUGAAUUGAAGAAGUCUCAGAAUGUGUUGUUUGCUGGUAUUGACCGUCCUGAUGACAUUGUGAACCUGACCCACCAAGAACUCUUCAGCAAAGGCGGUUUUGUGGUGUUUGAGGGAGCAGCACUGGACACACUCAGUCUCAGCAACAUUAAGAAAAUGUCUGGUUUCCUGGAGGGGCUGAGUAAAAAGGGGAAGUGGAAAUGGCUCUUGCACUACAAAGACAGCCGGAAACUGAAAGAGAACGCACGGUCUAGUGCUGAGGCACAGGGUAAAAAGAGCUUCAUGGACAUCUGCCAGGAGGCUGGAAUGGUGGAGGUCUUACCCUACCAUGAAUGUGACGUCAUUUCAAGGACACGACCCAACUACCUCCACUGUCUAGUCCGGCUGCAGGUCCAGAAUGUAUCAGCUCGUCUACCUGUAUUUAUAACUGACACAACGGCAGACAAAGCGUUUGCAAAACAUGGGAUAUUCACAAUGAAUAUUAACUCCUUCUUGCUGAUUUCUCAGAGUGACACUUGCACUAUUUCUUAAACUGACAGAAGUCUUCAGUACAUCAAUCAAAUUUGAUUUAUAAGCCCUUUUUAUACAGAACAAAAAUAUUAAACACAACAUGCAACAAUUUCAAAGAUUUCUCAGUUACAGUUCAUGUAAGGAAACUUGUCAAUUUAAAUAAAUUAGGCCCUAAUCUAUGGAUUUCACAUGACUGGGCAGGGCCCGGCCCAUGCACCUGGCAGCCAGGCCCACCUACUGGGGAGCCAGGGACAGCCAAUGAGAAUGAGUUUUUCCCCACAAAAAGGAUUUAUUACAGACACAAAUUCAGUGUACAUUAUCAACAGCUGUCAAAGUGAUUUAAAUUAACCUGACCCAGACUCCAAAGAGCAAGCAGAAGAACAGUGGCAAGGGAAACCUUGUAACCUCGAGAAUAACCAGACUCAGAAGGGGAUACUCCAAAAUCUGGAUUUUAGGGGGUCAUUGGAAGUUUGACACACUGAUCUAAAUCAUUGUGGUGUAAGAUUAAAAUAAUUCUCAGUAAGUUAUGUUUAUAGCAAGGCUUUGUUUAUUGCCGUUUUAGUCCUUUUUUUUGCUACAUUAGUGUAAAUCAUUGCAUUAUUUAGUUACAUUUUGUGUAGAUUUAUUUAUUCUUAAUAAUUUUCUAAAAGAGGUAGGUUCUGUAUAGAUUAACGAUGACAUCCACUUCAAUGCAGAGCUCUGUGUUAGUGUAUUUAUUUGUAUGUUUGUAAAUACAUGUAUUGCACCUUUGCGAUAAAGAAAUGGACUAAA